CCACAUAGAUUGAAAAAAUGAUCUGAAUCAACGAUAAUUCAGAAAAAUAACAUCCGAACUGUUGGUAAAUUGAAACUGCUAUUUGAAAUUUUAUCAAGCAAUGCCUUGAAAAAGUUCGUUUUCCUGUUUGAUAUGUACAUAAAGGCAUACUGCACAAUGAAGAUUUUGCUUUUGAUAUCAUUCACCUUGGCAGCGAUUGCUUCAACUCGAUGUACAAAUUCGAGUGAGGCUCGUGACAUCACAACACUGCUGAAUAAUACCAUUUCAAAAAAUUUCCAAAAUAUAAAUUCGGAAACGAUCUUCUCGUUUAUACGCAACAUGGAGCUCCAAAAUUCGCCCACAUCCUUUGGCGACAUUUUUCCGGGAGCGUUUUAUUAUUUUACUGGUUUAAAAGUAGAAUCUGCCAGCUUACGUCAUGAAUUUUACAGCAAGACAAUGAUCAUAUUCUUCACCUCCUUAUCCAUCGAAAUGAGAGGAUACUUGGGAGCAACUCCUCAUACAUCUAACGAGAGUUUCGCACUAUCACUGAAUUUUAAAAACAUCUCCAUCUACGCAAUAGCGGGCACACAAUAUGAUUUAUGGUACAAGGAUGGGCUCUAUCUGUACAGUGAUUUUGAAAGUUACGAAUCUAAUUACAUAUAUUCGCCUCGGUUCUAUGUAAAUUCAACACCAGAGGUUCAACAUCAAAUGGAAAGACUGAUCAAAUCUUUAUCACUACCAUUAUUCCAGUUCAAUUUACGAAAAAACGAGGACUUUAUGCAAAUACUCAAUGCAACGUUUUGCCAAGAUCCUGAAGAUGAGAUCACGUCGUAUUAUCCCUCAUUAGACUUCGUCGAAACGAAAUGUUACUUCUUCAUAUCAAAUUUCACCUCUCUACAUCGUACCCUGAGCAAUAUCACCAUCACAGGAAUGCACAAUUUUGAUAGUCAUUCGUUCGUCGAUGUCAGCACCCUGAUAAUUAAAGAUAUUCAAGGAACGACUAAUUUACAUUACGAUGGCCGAAAUUUUACAAUUUUUCCAUUACACUUCGAAAUAGGCUACAUUUCGAUAUCAGUUGAUCGGGAACAGCAAAGAAUCAAUGUGACUGCGCACAAUUACACGGUUAUUGAGACUAAAAUGAACCUCUCGUUGACGGAAUAUCAGUCCAAAUGGGUAAUGGAGGGAAUUCAAUUGGCGAUCGCGUCUUCGAUAAUGCCAUCGAUGAAAUAUUACAGAAACACGAAUAUUCCGAAUGAUUCGCUGAAAGAACAUCCGAUUGUAAAAUUAUUUACCAAGUUAUCUCAGCAAUUCGAUGGCAGUACGAUGCAAAAGCUGUACGAUACUUGGAAUAUGACGAUACCCAAAAUCCUCAAAGCAGAAUCAAGUAUCCAAAUAGAAUCAAACACUUACAAUAUUUCAAUUCAUGCUAAACCAAAAACAGUAUUGGAGCCCUGUGCAGAUACGAUCACAUGUAGUCUCUACAACAGCUUACGAUUCACCUUCAUAAUCCCUUGUUGGUCCGGGAAAAUCAGCGUGCUCAAUACCACACACGAAUUCAGCGAAAUUGAUUUUAAAAUGGACAAUAUUAUCGUCGCAAUAUACAAAUUUAAUAAUUCGAAUGUUUUUGAAUUGAAGUCCGGUCCACUCUUUGGCGCACGUCUACAGCUGUCCUCAAAUCCGUACAAUUUGACGGAUCACUAUCGCUUGAAGAUAGCACAAAAAGCGCAAGAAUUGUUGAUCUCAUGGAUCGAGAAAACAUUUGCCCUUUUCGCAGAACCACUACUUUCUUCACCAUUGGACUACUGUACCGCACCGGUGAAAAUUUUCGACGACUUCCUGCCUUUCUACGCCGAUCACGAAUUACCCUUUCAUGUACCUGAUGACAGAUUUGCAAACGAAUCCACCGAAACGAAUGUAAACAACGUGAUAAUCACAGAGUGGACGGAAUCACCCACUGCUUUUAUCUCGCGUUAUAAUGGCAGUGCGAUGUUAUCAACAUACAUUGAUUUAGAAUUGGCAGAUGCUAAAAUUCGCAUGGAUUUUAACCGCAAUGACGAACCAUUAGAUGAAAGGCAUCUGACGCUGUGUAUUUUCGAGGUACGAAAUUACACAGAUACUGCAGAGAUAGCAGUAUAUUUACAUUUCAGACCGUUGGAUUACAUUCCGUCUCCUGAGAACAAUUAUACGGUCCCUUUUCGUUAUCAUUCGGAACACCACUCUAUUGAGAUGAAAUUACAACGUAUACUUGGCGAAUGUUUCACUAAUUUUACCAGUCUCGUUUUUUAACAUAUUUUUUUAAUUACAAUUUACCUAUGUAUUAUUAAUUUUGUAUACAUUAAAUUAUUGAAACUUUUUUUCCCAUAGUAA